AAGGCGCUUGUGACUGUGCCGGUGGAGCUAGCCAUCUUUAACCUUAACACACAUCCACCAUGCACGCCGUGUGCUGGAUUUGAGACUGCAAAAGGAAAAGGCUUGGCAAUUGAGCGUAAGUGCAAGGGAGUGCUAGAGUGUCGAAGACACGGGGAGUCGAGGAGAGAACUGCCUGGUAUUGUCCGAAGGGGCAGCAUUUCUCCAUCCAGUUCCGGUUUCUCUCCCUCUCCCUCUCUCUCUUUCUGCUUUCAGCGAUCUGGGACUUCCAACAAAAGGCAGACAGCGACAGGCAGAAAACAUUUUCCACCAGGACUCGUUUUAAUGCAUGCUAAUCAUGAGUUCCUACUUUGUCAACCCUUUAUUCUCCAAGUACAAAGGAGGAGAAACAUUGGAGCCAACUUAUUACGACUGCAGGUUCCCUCAAAGCGUCGCCCGUAGCCACACUCUCGUCUAUGGACCAGGAGCAGCCGCGCCGGCUUUCCAACACCCGUCUCAUCACGUCCAGGACUUCUUCCAUCACGGGCCGGCGGGCAUCUCUAACCCAGGAUACCAGCAGAACCCGUGUGCUCUGGCGUGCCAUGGAGACGCGACGAAAUUUUAUGGAUAUGAGGCCAUUCCACGGCAAGCGCUCUAUGGUACCCAGCAAGAGGCGAGUUUAACGCAGUACCCUGACUGUAAAUCCAGCAGCUCUAACCCCGGAGACGGACAAGGCCACUUAAAUCAGAACUCCUCUCCCAGUCUCAUGUUCCCUUGGAUGAGACCCCACGCGCCUGGGAGACGCAAUGGGAGACAGACGUACAGCCGCUACCAGACCCUGGAGCUGGAGAAAGAGUUCCUUUUCAAUCCCUACCUCACGCGCAAGCGAAGAAUCGAAGUGUCGCACGCUCUGAGUCUCACGGAGCGGCAGGUCAAAAUAUGGUUCCAGAAUCGGCGGAUGAAAUGGAAAAAAGAGAACAACAAAGACAAGUUUCCGGGUCAGAGGGGAGAGACCGAGGCGGAGGAGGAGGGGAACGAGGACGCUGAAGUGGACGAAGCGGAGGAGAAGGAAACGGAAGAGAAAGAGGAGGCGAAGGAGUGAUUUUAUGGGCUUUUAUGGUUAUAUGGCCGAGGGUCCCGCAAAAGGUGAUGAGAGGAAAAGGGGGGUUGAGAAAAUCGCUAGUUUUAUGGCUAUGAUUUCAGUCACAUAGCAGAGCAUCCCAGUCUGCCCAAACACACCCAAGAAACUGUAUGCUUGAAAUCCACGAAAGCAGACUGUUCAGCAAUGCAAAUAUGAUUUGCUCAAGUCCCUGGUUCAUUGAUUAUUUAACCUUGUUUUGAAGCGUCAAUGUGUUAUCACCAGUUUGGGAACUUGGAUAAGUCGCAUGAACAAGGUCGUUAAAUACUCUUUCAAACUUUAAACAUGGUAAAGUGUAAUUAGCAGCGAUGUUAAUGGUUUUUACAACUACAGUGUAUAGACAGGCCUUCAAUUGAGGGUUUUGUAAAUUUGUCGAAGUGGUGUAAAGAAUCAUUUGAUUAAGGAAUAGGCUAAUGAAAAUGGACCGAAUAAAUAGGCCUAGCAUUGGCAAUUGUAAGUCAUCCUAGCAGACGGAUAUUAUUAUUAUUAUUAUUAUUAUUAUUAUUAUUAUUAUUAUUAUUAUUAUAUUUUCUCAAAAGUCCAUUUUAAUCAACAUUUUCCGACCCUUUCAAAUUGCGGACGAUGCUACCUAAGUCUGGGAAACCGGCGAUACAGAUUUCUUAACAGACACUUUCUUUAAAUAGCCCAUGUUUUGAAUACAUUUUUUGUUUGUUUUUUAGGCCAAGUAUUUACCCAAUAAUAACGACUCCUUUGUAUGUCUUCAUAAGACAUUAGCUACAAGCGAAGCUAACCUACCAAGCACUACCUACCUACUCAAAAAGGUCUUUGCCUGAUGAGAACUUUUAUUCCACAUAUUGGCUCUUAUUUUUUCCGUACGACACUUUCAAAUUUCCCCAACAACUUAAACUGCCUAGAAAACGCACAUUUAUAUGUAGAUCAUCAUACAUGCAACAAUUAUUAUUCUAUAUUAUUAAGGAGUGGUAUUUUAAUGUGCUGGUGAUAAUAGCUUAGAUUUUCGAUUGCACUGAAUAUAAUCUUUAUGUAUGUCUUGUAAUACCUUACUGUUUAACGAUAUGCUCGUUUUGCUGGUGUUUCUCAUGUGAAAAGACAGAAAUGUGUGUGUCACCGCCAUUGUAUUGGCAAUAAAGAAAAUAAACGAAUCGACUGCGGCUUUUCCUUCUUUCUUCCCGUGGCCUAGUUGUUAGACUAUUAGUUUAUGGCUUGUCUGCUUUAGGCAAAUGCAUUUUUCACUUUGGUGUAGGCCUAGUCAGCUGGACACGUAGCCUAUCUUACUGUAGCUGCACCGUCCCCUUUCCCAGACAGGGAAGCGACGGUGAAAUGAGAUGGGCCUAUAGGCAUACUAUGAUUUUGGCACUGAAUAGCCUGCUAUAUGGGAGCUACAAAUUACUAGCUCAAAUAAUUUGACAUUUGGCCGACCGUGAUGUAGUCUAAAUUCCAAUUUGAAAGUUGUGGGGAUUUAACUAACGGCACAGGUUGCCCGCAAAUAGAUCUAGUAACAUAUUGUACUGUCUCAAUGACGCACUUACCUACCGGCGCAACAAAAUGUAACCAGUUUGUUUAUAGUUUGCUUGAACACCAGGGGUGUAACUUUGGGUGUGGAUGGUUGGGACAUGUCCAUACAACUUCUGAGAUAAACCUAGCUUGUCUCCACCACCUUUCCACAAUCAUAAUGCAAAAAUAGCAUACCUGGACAAUUUGCCAUACGCUAUUAAUGUCCCCACCACUUUCCAAGCAAAACCUGCUGGAACCAUACAAACACGCACAUAGCCUACUGCCAAACUACUUCUGUUAGUAUUCAACAUGGAAAAUUGUAUGGUGUAUGUAGGCUUAUACGAUACACAUUUUCUGUUAUUAGCAGUAUUUAACAUAUACGGCACUAUCAAGCAGUUAGGUGAAGGAGCUGGCCUGGCACAGAGCAGGAGGCGCAGGAGUGGGAGGCAAGCUAACACCUGCCUCCCAGGGCCUGGAGGAGGAUGACCUGUCUUCUCUUUAAGGGUUCACUGGCGGACUGGGGGGGAUUGAAACCCACAACACCACAGACAGGCGCACUAUCCUUGACGUGCAUGUACGCGGACGCAUUCCAGGACAGAUCAUUACGCAGAUCAUUACGCACUUUUGUAAGUGACCUUACAUUUGUAGUUAGUCAUACUAAAUGUUGUUUGUAUGAUUAUGUGUCGUGGUCACAAAAAAACAUCAAUGUUUCCAGCUUUGGCUACAAUAAUUACAUGAUAUGUGUUUAGUGAAGGCCAAACGGGUACAUUUCUAUAGCUGGGUUUGAAUCUGGUUUCAGGUUUCAGACGUAUAGACCUAUUUCAAUAUUUAACGAUGUAAUUAGACGGAGAAACAUAAUGCGCAUCAGAUUCGGCGAUCAUGAAUACCAAAAGGGAUGCUCCUUAAUUUCAUUAAAGCUGCCACAUCUUACACUGAUCUUGAACAUGGUAGGCCUCAUUUGAAGUACUUAUUAUUAAGAAAUGCCUUAAGAAGUAUAUUAAGAAAUACUAGGCUAUAAUAAGAAGUGCAUUAUUUUACAGCAAAUAUCACUAUGUUAUCCGUUUGUCUCUUUUCUGGUGUUACAAUUACCCUAAAAAUAAAUGCAACUUAAAGAAGUGCGCUCUAUCUCCCCUUUUCAUGUGAGUUAUUUCAUUGGAGACGCACCAUGGGAGAGUGAGGGUUACUUAAAAAGCAUGAUCAGUAAUAACUUAUGAACAACUGUAUAAUUCAAUACAACAGAUAAUGUGUCUGGUUAGACGAAAACUUUUUAGGCCCAAUUGUAGAACUCGUAAGCGAACCCUUGUUGCGAAGAGGCGAAGAUAAAAAAACAACCUUGAAUAGUAUUUUGGGUUUUACAUUUAGAUCGAAUAGUCAAAUAUUUUCAGAUUUAGCUGGCAACAAAUUGGCCUAUAGGUCAACAGUUCUAACGCGAAUAUUUAACAUCCCAAAUGAUCGGUCGACACAUAGGCCUUCUAUCAGAAAUGUUGAUGCAAUUAGAUUACUUUGAUUAGUCUGAACCAAUACUGUUUUGACAAUAGCAUGCACAACAGUUAUUGUGCGACAGAAAAUAAGUAAAUUGCCCAAUCCUGGAAGAUGGCUAAGCGCUGAAUAGGUUGGCUCACCCACCAAUGAGGUGCAGAUGCCAAGAGGCCUACUUACACUGAUCUAAAAAGCGUUUUGCGCUUUCAUUAUACCUUUUUUUAAGCUCAAUACAAACCGUUAAAUACAGAGCGAAAUUACUAAAAUUGCAUGUAUGUCCAUAACUUACCUGGCAUCUAUAGGUCUAUAGUAAAAUAAAAUAGAAAGCACGCGGGUUUAAGAUCUUCUUAGUAGUUGGUUUGCAAGAGUUUUGUAGGCAUUUUGUCUGAGUGUGACUAGUCCAACACAUUUCUCAACCGUCUGCCGUUUUGUACUCUUCUUUGACGUUAGGCUAUUCUUACACAACUGUUGGAAUAACCGAAGUCUUCCGGUUGGUGCUAUUGUGCGUGAGCGCUGUCCAUUGUGUUUAGCGCCAAGCUAGGCCUUUAUAAUACCUGCAGUAAAGUUUAUUGGUGGUAUAAACGGGAUGGUGUUGUUUCCGGACAGUCUGCGUCGCCUCUACAUUUUAGCCGCUCAAACACAUGAUAAAUACAGUCCUAUGGCCUACACAGUUGCAAAACACACCACGACCUCUUCAGUCAUUGUUGGAUAUUAUGCGAUAGCUUCAGUCUGUCUGAGUGUCGUGAUUCUGUUUCGCAAUAUUAUUGUUGUUAUAUCAUCUAGGCUUAGGGGUAUAGACAAGAUGCUUGCCGUUUCAUGCUGCAUUUAGGGCUAUGUAAAGUGCGCGAUGUUCCAUCCAGCUUGGAUUCAAACUAUUAACUCUACAACACAUGUUGGUGCCCAGAUCUCUGAUUUUAUUGAUACAUGUAAACCAAAUAUGUAAGCGUAAAUACCAUAGGCCUAUUUAUAAAUGUUUGUCAACGGAUUAUUGAUACGGCAUACCACUCACAACAAAAUCUUUUUUGUGUUCAACGGGCAACGGUCAUCGUUAAACCGUCGCAUCUUUAGCUGCUUUGUUGGCCCGGUGUUAAAACUGCCCACAACCUUUUUAUUUUCAGAAACAUGUUGUUGUAGCACUGAAAUGCACAAUACGCAAAUUAAUAAAGAAUCAAAAGUCCACAUCCAAGGAGGACAGCGCAGUGAGAUGAGGGGUAUCAUCUAGCCUAUGUUUUGGGGUGGCGAGAGUAGCAGGUGAAUGCCGUUUCUCUAUCCCAGGCCAACCAUUUCAGCACGGUGCCACUGCUUUACUAAUAUUUUUAAACCAAUCAGUUCUCAAUCUGCUCUCAUUACAUGUGUCUGUGUUAGCUGUCUUUUACUGCAAGGUCCCCUUCGAUAGUGUCUGCGUAAAAUUGGAGGAUAGAACGCUAGCAGUUGCUGUUUGGACAACGACACGCUAUUGUCCACAGAUAGACCUUGGGUGGUUGUGGCCUGCAAUUUUCCUUUAUGAUAUAUCCGCAUACUAGGCCUAAUAAUAAUUAUUGUAAAAAAAUGUUAUAGAAAUUGAAGAGAUCUCAAAAGAAGGAUUAGUUUGGACACACGCAUUGAUAACAAAUAAAAAUGACAAUUAUUGAUAAAAUGAGCAUGGGUCUAUUUACAUCACAUAGCCUGAAAUGAAAAAGACACUAUUUAGGAUUAAGAAGUAACAUUAGAGAUACUUGCGAUCUACGCCUGUGAUGGGUUUGAUGAACAAUGUAUGGUCAUAAUUUGAAAUAGCUAUUUUAAAUAUUUACAAUUGUUAGACAAAUGGGGAAUGUGGUGCGUAACAAAGAUACAUGAUUGCUGCACAGGAUACUGGUGUGGAAUCUGCACUGUAGCUGACAGUGCGCUAUGACCCAUAUGCUAACAUGGGAGUUCAUGGAAGCUGAUAGAUUUUGAGCAAUCGUUUUUUUGCAGUGGGCUAAAUAAUACAAAUUCCAUUAUCUUUAUCCCAGUAAACAUCAUUAACUUUAGUCCAGGGGGUGUUCGAUGGUCUCUCAAUCAUAUUACAGUUUCACCAAUGUAUUCAGCGCUGGCCUGUACCACCACUACAUGUGAAACCAAACUCUUAUAUGCUUCACCUUGCAUAACAAACGAUAUCUUGGCGUUUCUACUUUUGCACAAAAGACAGUAGCCUGUGCAACACUGCAAGGCGAGGGGGAGAGGGUGAAAACGCAAGACAUUCCUCGUUGUUUGGAUGGGAAUUUACAGCUGAGUAAUAAAAGUUUACGACUAGAUCGCCUCCCCUAUUGGUGGCUGCUAGUCACGUGUCACCCCUCUAUGAACAUGAACUUUAUGCCGUUGUCUUCCUCGCAAAUACGUCCCUCUACUGCUCUCUGUUGCCACGAAUGGGCUUCCAACUGCCGUUUAGGUUUCCGCGGUUUAAUAUGAAAAGGGCUUUUGUUUUAUUGAACGUCUUUAGUUCAGUCACCCUAUACCGUUUGUCUCGUAGCCAGCAAUGGCCCCGCUACAGUAACCGCCUCCAGCACACCGUCUCAUCCCCUCUUGCCUUCUGGAGAAGUUGAGCUCAAAGAGUCGAGGCGGCAGGCGAGCAGUGAAGCCCACUGGCUUUUUGUUUGGGUCAAAUUGGCCAUUUUGUUUUCUGUCAGUUGAGAAGACAACCUGGAGACCAUGCCCAAUUCUCUCUUGCCAGGCGCGUUUCCCCAUGCCUUGGCUGGCAUCCCCGGCAGCAUAGACAGCGCACACAAGGGUGAGUAACCAACCUACUCUGACUCCCUAUCGGCUUGAAAGUUUCCCCAGUUAUCGGUACAGAAAAUCGGUGCUGUGAUUGAACAUCUGAAAAACUGAGGACGAGCACAUAUCGCCUUCCUCACACGCUCCGUACGCACAGACGUCGCUGGUAGCCCUGUGUGCUCUCUGUCGGUGUGCCGUCGUUGGCUGCCCCUCGUCAGAUUAAUCAUUCUUUUAAACACACCUUUGUGAAGUAGAGUAAAAACAUAUUGUAAUAUUACGUAAAUGUUGAGCCACUGGUAUUUUCAGGGGAUAUCGGUGGCGUGAUUUAAAAUGAAAGGUCCGGCAAAACUAGCGCGUAUUGAUAUGAAGAUAAGCAUCAGGAUUUGCCCGUCAUAAUGACUCGUGCUGUUUGGGAUGGUGACUGGCAUGCUUGCAGAAACAUCAGUAAUUAUAAUAACAAUAUGGUAGAUCGCUGUGUUCAUUAUUUGGUGAAAAUGACUGAAAUUACAUACACCUGAGGUUAACUGUUUACAAUUUGUUUAGUCACGUGGCUCUUUUGUUUAUACAUUGAUGUAUAUGUGUUGUCACUUGCUUCAUUAAUGCAUCCAAACAAAUGUGUAUGUAUGUAAGCUCUACGCAUACUUGUGAAUAUAUUGCAGAUGACCAGAUCAGUUUUUGGUGAGGGAUCAUUGGUUUGUCCUGGAAAGGGCACUGUGCGUCAUAGCAUGUUUGUUGCUGAAACGCGCACUAUACACAAUACACACACUCAAGAUCGAGAGGCACGCCAGCGCAUCCUCUUGUCAGUGGCCCUCGCGUACUGAUCAUGAUGAAGGGAAGAGCAGUAUAGUGCGGAGGGAGUGGGAGUGUUUGCACCCUGUGAUAAGGUGGCCACACGAUGAUCCAUGAUGACGGUAUGAUCAUGUCGGUCGCCUUUGCUGCUGCCCAUUUGUUGACGUAGAGCUGCGUAAGAGGCCAACGCUAGGGGGCGGAUUCAUACAUCCAUCUUGGGAUCUGUAAGAAGCCACAUCUGUAUCUGCUGAUGGCCAUUUUCAUCACCAUCAUGGUGGAAAUAUCUAUCUGCGUCCAUUGCUCCCACCAUUACAUGUGUGGGAAUGGGCCCUCUGUCUCCUGUACUUGCAGUCAGAAUUAUCUGCAGCAUCAGCAAUGCUCUACCUGCAUCCUGCACCCGGCCCUCGCAUUC